AUGGCGCCAAAGCGGACUCCCACCGAGACGUCCCCGUUGUUGGGUGAGAGCAACGGGAACGGCGCUGCGUCUAAUGGGGCGAUUGUCAGCCACGAUGCGGAGUCAGGGGAGCCAAGACAGUCGGUGGAGGAGCAAGGGAAGGAGCCGUUUCCUGAUGCGAAGAAGCAGCUCAAGUAUAUUGUUCCUGCGAUCUCGAUAGGUAUCUUCCUAUCUGCAGCCGAUCAAACCAUUAUCAUGGCCAGUUAUGGUCAGAUUGGAAGUGAUCUGAAAGCUCUUAAUCUGACCAGUUGGAUUGCGACUUCGUACUUCUUGACUUUGACUUCGUUCCAGCCUCUGUAUGGAAAGCUGAGCGACAUCUUUGGUCGGAAGCCCUGUCUGCUUUUCGCGUAUGCCAUUUUUGGAAUCGGAUGCUUGCUCUGUGGUCUAGCUCGUAAUAUUAAUGAGCUAAUUGCUGCACGUGUCUUCCAAGGCAUUGGCGGCGGAGGCAUGACCACGGUCGUCAGUAUCUUGAUGAGUGAUAUUGUUCCCCUGCGAGACCGAGGGGUCUGGCAAGGCAUUAUCAAUAUCAUCUAUGCCACUGGGUCGGGGAUGGGUGCACCUCUCGGUGGAAUUUUGGCCGAUUAUAUCGGUUGGCGCUGGGCAUUCCUCGCGCAAUUCCCCAUGUGCAUUCUUGCUUUCAUUGCGGUCUCGGUGAUGCUCAAGCUUCCAGCACGGGAGAACACCCACUGGAAAGACAAGCUUCGUCGCAUUGAUUUCCUCGGCGCAAUCGUCCUGGUCGGUGCUGUACUAGGCUUCUUGCUUGGUCUGGACAGGGGUAGCAAUGUCUCAUGGACCUUGCCUCUGACAAUUAUCUCGCUGAGCGUUUCGGUGGUCCUUUUCAUUGCUUUUGUUUUAGUCGAGAUCUACCUCGCAGCCGAGCCUUUUGCCCCGGGCCAUAUUAUCUUCAAUCGGACAUUCUUUGCCCUCUAUGGCUGCAACUUCUUCAGCUUUGGAGGGUGGCUUGCGGCAUUGUUCUAUAUUCCGCUCUAUUUCCAGGCUGUCGAUGGUGUUUCGGCCACUACCGCUGGUCUGCGCCUUCUGCCAUGCAUUUUGGCCGGUGUUUCCGGCUCCCUGUUUUCUGGGUUUAUCAUGAGGUGGACUGGAAAGUAUUAUUGGCUGACUGUCAUUGCCUACUCUCUCCUGACAACCGGUUGCUUUACCAUUUAUAUGUUCUCGGGUGGUGUUGAAGCCAGCGUGGUUCCCAUGAUCAUCGGUACUGUCAUGUCGGCAUUCGGAAAUGGAAUUGGUGUCACGACGACUUUGAUCGGUUUGAUAUCGAAUGCAACUUAUGAGGACCAAGCAGUCGUAACUGCGUGUUCAUACCUCUUCCGAUCCCUGGGCUCCGUCAUUGGACUCUCGCUAUCGUCGACUGUUGUUCAGCAACUACUACGCGAGGGAUUGAGGGAGGGCUUGCGAGACAGCAAAGAUAUCGAUCAGAUCGUCAAUGGGGUCCGAGAAAGUCUCGACUAUAUUAAGAAGCUGGAUCCCGAUCUCGCAAGGAUUGUGCGUGGAUGCUAUGGGUCGUCGGUCAACAGAGGCUUUGCUUUCAUGGUCGUCGUUGUGUUUUUUGCAUUGUUCAGCGCCUUUUUCAUGCGGGAAGCAAAGCUCACCCGUUAA